AUGGCGCGCCGCCACGGGUGGCAGCUCCCCGCCCACACCCUGCAGGUGGUUGCUAUAACAGUGUUCUUCUUGCUGUGUAUAGCAUUCUAUGCUUUCUUGUCUCCGUUUCUUGGGAAGGACCUGUAUCAGUAUAUUGCAAUCGGUGUUUAUAGUUUUCUGGCUUUAUCGGUAUUGAUUCUAUAUGCUAGAUGUACUGCUAUUGAUCCUGCUGACCCUGGCAUCCUGAUUAGCGUCAAUGGUGCACUAAUCUAUAAAUCAGAAGCAAACGUAGACACUCAAGAAGAAGCUGGCAAAUCAGGAUUGGAAGCCAACGAGGAAAUCAGAAAGCAUAGAUCAUGUUUAGGAACUGGUUGUUUUUGUUGUGCUAUUUUUAAGAAAGAGGAUUGUCGCAAAGAAGAUGAAGCUUACCAACAAGAAAAUUAUGCUGAGGAGGCACUCUUUUGCACCCUUUGCAACACAGAGGUGCGAAAAAAUAGUAAACAUUGUCGGAGCUGUGACAAGUGUGUUGAUGGUUUUGAUCAUCAUUGUCGGUGGCUGAACAAUUGUGUUGGAAGGAGAAAUUAUAUGACUUUUUUGUGCCUUAUGGCUGUGAGUCUUGCUUGGCUUGCGGUUGAGUGUGGAGUUGGUAUAGCUGUGUUUGUACGUUGCUUCACUGAUAAAGCAGCAAUUGAAGAACAAAUAGGAGAAAAGCUGGGCUAUGGUCUUUCACGAGCGCCCUUUGCAGUCAUUGUGGCCCUGAGUACAGCUCUUGCUGUGCUUGCUUCAGUGCCCCUGGGGGAGCUGUUCUUCUUCCAUAUGCUAUUAAUCAAGAAGGGCAUCACAACUUAUGAAUAUGUUGUGGCAAUGAGGGCUCAGAGUGAACCUCCUGGUCUCUCUGUCAAUGAUGAGCAGCAAAGCUUGCCAUCUUCUCCCAUGAGUUCUGCACCAACUGCUUUCAGCGGGAGCUCGUUCGCACGGCACUACAAAGGUGCAUGGUGCACUCCACCGCGCAUCUUUGUUGACCAGGACGAAAUCAUUCCACACUUGGGACCUGGGCGAUUACCUUCAACUGUUGAUCCUGAUAGCACAGACCCGGUCGAAAGAGCCAAACAACACGCCAAGCGCCAAGUUCGCAUUAACCCAUGGAAGCUGGCAAAACUGGAUUCAAACGAGGCCAUGAAAGCCGCAGCAAAAGCCAGAGCCUCUUCAUCUGUGCUGAAACCGAUCAAUAGCCGUUCCCAUUACGACGCCGACCAGUGCUCCAGCGAUAACCUCAGCUGCAGAAGCAGUGUAAUGAGUGCUGAUACUAGCAACCACAUCGACACUCGGUCUGGCAGGAAUGCUCCGUACAAGUCCCCUUAUCCACCCAGCAUAGCAAGUGCAGAUGACAUUGAGCUGUAUCCUCAGACACCCAGCAGCUUCCAGAGCAACUCGCGGACUCCGACGCCCAUUGCAGAGCACCAUCCCUCGAAGCAUUUCAACCCAAUCUAUCAGACAUCAGCCAACAGGUCCCCAUUCUCAGCCAAAGCAAAUGAAGCGGCUAUACCAGAAGCCAACAACGCAAGGAGAUUUAGUGUGCCGAACACAGAUAGAUCUCCUCGGUCAUCGGUUUACUGGGAUCAGGAAGCUGGCCGGUUCAUGUCUGCGCAGGCAAACCAGGGACCGAGCUCUCGGGUAACCCGGCCCGACCUUCUGUACACCGGUCAGUCUAUAUUCUUUGGUGGACCUCUGAUGACAGAUUCUGCGACGAGAAGUUUCAGAGACCCUGGCGGCUCGAGCCAGCGCUCCGGUGUGUCUCGGCCUCACCAGCUCCCCGUGUUCAUUCCCGCUGAUCCCCAGAAAGAUCACCUCCCCAAGUUGCCAUGA